AUAUCCGCCAAGGUCACGGUGCGCGCGCAGUCGAUUUGCUUGCUAACAGAAAAUGUUAAGAAGACGGUCUUGCGUUAGUGUCUGGCUGAGUGAGUAGAAGCCCUAGCAUUAACAGCUGUUUUACUACAAAUGAAAAUUUACAAUGUCUUCCAAAACAUUCCUAAUCAAACGUGUUCAAAAGUAAUGUAAAUUAUCUGAAUCUUGCAAUACCAACUAUCUGUGUGCAUCCUAGAUCGAAAUAAACCUAAUUAUUAGUCUUCCACGACACCAAACACAGUCCCAAAAUAAUAACAUUCAUUUGUUUUUUAAUUUCUCAUAGAUCUUCAUCCAACAUGUCUGUGUCCUCAAAACGUUUAAGAGUUUUUUCAUGUCCUGAAUAACUAUGCAUAUGGUUGCUAAAAUCUAAGAAUGAUUUCCAUACUGAUGAGAGUUUGCUUAAUAAAAUUGCAGAGACAUAGAAGAAGUAGGCACUUAAACCUCAACAACUGAUUUUAAACCUAGACAAGCAAGGUAUGACUAGAGCCAACUAUUAGGUUUCUGUACCUAUGAAUUCCCAGCGUAACUAUUUUAUUACGUCUAUUUCCACUUUGUGUAUUCAUUUUCGAGUGGCCAACAGAACCUAGCAUGCAGUAACGCUGCUAGUCUUUUAAGGCCACAUCAACUAGUCAGCUAUGAUUUUAAUCCUUUCAUGUGUUUUUAUGUAAUGGACACAAUAUAUAUUCAUCUAUAGGAGUAAUUAAAGCAUAAGUUUAAACACGGAGUGUAUAAUUAAACUUAAUGCGAGUCAGCUUCGGUCGAUAGGUGACGAGGAAUUGCAUUGUCAGUUCCGAAAUAAUCCAUCUACUUUAUUUGGGUCCCCAUAGUGUAUCGAUGUCCCUACAAAAUUCGUGAUAAAGGAUACCUGACUGAAAUAAAGAGCAUGACAAUUACAGCUCAAAUAGUAAAACGAAUGUAAAAGAUGACUUGUAUGACAACUAAUAGUACAAGAAAGAUAUUGUAUGGAUGAAACAGCUCAAUAUCAGGCUCUAUCACCCAGAUUUAACGACAAGACUAUACCAUACCGAUAAGCUCCAGAAUAUAAAACAACGAUGGAAAUGCAGAGAAUCUGAUGUUUUGAUAUAAUUAGUGAAUUUAUUAGUGCUAAAUAUCAAUAAUCCAGGUUGAAUAUCAUAGUUCUGUAGUCAAUAUGGACUCCUAUUCCUAGCUCUACAUCUUUUUAAACGUAACUCGCUAAAACACAUCGUCCUUACCUUCUAACCCUGGAACAACCGAACCCCUUGUUCAUCACCAAAACUCUUAAAUUUACCUUAAUACUCCUAACCUUAGCAUUCCUCAACCAAAUACAAUGAUCCUAACAUCUCAUUUCAUAAGGGGACUGUCAUCCUUUUUUUUUUGAAGUACAAAAUAUCAUGAAAAUCAUCCAGAGCAGCGUUUUAAAUUCCGUCAUCGGUUAGCCUAGCUUUGACUGGGUACUCAAGCUCAUUGAUAUAGUAUAGUCUUGCCGCUCCGACUGUAGAUUAUGGUCCUGCAUAUAAACCUAUGGGCAUGGCUCAGACUAACAGUAAAUGACUUGACGAACUGAUCCCACUUCUUGGUUUGGUCACCCUUGGUUUUAUUAUAAUCUUUCACAGGAUGUUGUUGGGCCUCAAGGUAGUUAAUAAUAAUAUAUGUAAUACAUCCAAUACCUGGUCACCUUUGUGCAUAAAGGUGUAUACCCUCAUCGACUGACUUGCCGUUUACUGUUGGAAACCUUACGUUUAACAGCAGUUUUUACUUCGCAUAUAUAUAAUAUCGUAGACUCGCUUCUCUUUUUUAACAUAUCCAUAUUUGAUUUCCAAAGCCAUCUUUAGACAAGCAUCUUCAUUUCGACAUGUCCCUCUCAAAGAAGUGGUCGCUGGAGUGUCUGGAACCACAUCGAGUACAAACACCUUCAAAAGUCCAACAAAUGCACCCCCACCUCCUCCUGUCCAACCUACUUCUCAACAAAUCGAAGUUUUGGUAGAUGGAAAACCAGUCACAUGUGAACCUGGUAUGACUAUUUUACAGGCAUGUGCUUUAGCUGGUGUACAGAUACCUCGAUUUUGCUAUCAUGAACGAUUAUCGAUUGCUGGCAAUUGUCGUAUGUGUUUAGUUGAAGUGGAAAAGUCGUUGAAACCUGUUGCUAGUUGUGCAAUGCCUGUAAUGCGUGGUAUGAGCAUUAAAACGGAUUCAGAAGUAACUCGCAAAGCACGUGAAGGCGUUAUGGAAUUUCUACUAGUCAAUCAUCCGUUGGAUUGUCCUAUUUGUGAUCAAGGUGGAGAAUGUGAUCUGCAGGAUCAAUCAAUGAAUUUUGGAUCGGAUCGUUCACGUUUUGUUGACAUUCGCUUUACUGGAAAACGUGCUGUUGAAGAUAAAAAUCUUGGUCCAUUAAUUAAAACUAUUAUGACUCGUUGUAUACACUGUACAAGAUGUGUAAGAUUUGCUAAUGAAAUAGCUGGUGUACCUGAUCUUGGGACUACUGGUCGUGGAAGUUCUCUCCAAAUUGGUACAUAUAUCGAUAAACCGUUCUUCAGUGAAUUGUCUGGUAAUGUUAUUGAUCUAUGUCCCGUUGGUGCUCUUACUUCUAAACCGUAUGCAUUUACUGCACGACCUUGGGAGACAAGACGUAUUGAAUCGAUCGAUGUAAUGGAUGCGUUGGGUGCAAACAUUGUAGUCUCUAUGCGUACAAAUCAAGUUUUAAGAAUAAUCCCAAGGUUGAACGAAGAUGUGAAUGAAGAAUGGUUAGCCGAUAAGUCUAGAUUCUCGUAUGACGGUUUAAACAGACAACGGUUGGUUGUUCCAUUCUUAAAAAAAUCUGACAAGCUAAGCGAAAGUACAUGGGAAGAUGUAUUGGUUAAAAUUGCGGAAAAGAUACUUCCUAUAUUUGGAUCAUCUGAAGGAAGUAUACCUCGAGCAAAUCAAGUGGCUGGACUUGUAGGUCCAUUCGCUGAUGCUGAAUCAAUGGUAGCAUUGAAAGAUUUAAUUAAUCGAUUGAAUUCUGAAUUAGUUUGUACUGAAGAAAGUUUUCCAACAAAUAGUACGGAUCUACGUAGUAAUUAUUUAUUCAACAGUCGUAUUACUGGUAUAGAAGAUGCUGAUCUAGUAUUAUUAAUUGGUACUAAUCCACGUUUUGAGGCACCUUUGUUGAAUGCACGUCUACGCAAAUGUUGGAUACAUAACGAUUUGGAAGUCUUUUUAUUAGGUCCAAAAGUUGACUUAACUUAUGAUUAUGAACAUCUUGGUGAUCAACUUGAAACUUUACAGUCUUUAGCUGUUGGUAAACAUCCGUUAAAUAAACGUUUAAAUUCUUCGUCUCACCCAAUAAUAAUUUUGGGUAGCGAAUGUUUACAACGUAAGGAUGCAGCGGCAAUUCAUAACGCUGUACGUCGAAUUUCCGCAAAUUUAAAGGAAACAAAAAAAUUGGACUAUCAAGUGUUCAAUGUUCUUCAUCGUUAUGCAAGUCAAGUUGCCGCUCUAGACUUAGGUUACACAUCAGACAUAGAAAUAAUCAAACAAAAUAAACCAAAAAUUCUUUUCCUUCUGGGUGCUGAUCGUAAUCUUAUUACACGUCAAUAUUUAGCUCCCGAUAGUUUUAUAGUUUAUAUUGGUCAUCAUGGUGAUGCAGGUGCAUUAUUAGCUGAUGUCGUUUUACCUGGAGCUGCUUAUACUGAAAAAGAUGCUAUUUAUGCCAAUACCGAGGGACGUGCUCAACAAACUCGAUUAGCUGUAGUUCCACCUGGAUUGGGUCGAGAAGAUUGGAAAAUAUUUCGUGCUAUCUCUGAAGUGGUCGGUAUCACCUUACCCUAUGAUAAUUUAAAUCAAAUUCGUUCGCGAAUUAGUCAAGUUGCUCCUGGUUUAUUAGAUUUAAAUACAAUUCAACCAUCACUCAAAGAAGUUCAAACAUUGGCUGAUAAUUUAUCCAAAAAUCCAGUUCAAACGAUGAAUACAAAUGAACCAAUUAAACUUAGCUUAUUAACACUAAAAGAUUAUUAUAUUACAGAUUGUAUUAGUCGAGCUUCUCAAACUAUGGCAAAAUGUGUGAAAGCUGUACAAGAGAAUGAAUAAAUAAAAAAUAAUAAUAAUAAUAUGCUGAAGAAAAAACAAUUAAACGUUAGUUUAAAAAAGAAUUAUGUUUCCUUUUAUUUGUUUUCUUCUUUAAAUUCUUCUAUUUCCUGUUUUCUUCUCUUCUUUUUUAUACUUCAAAUAAAAUAGUAUCUGUAUUUUCACAAUUUUCAAUGUGUAGAAGUUUUCAACAGCAACAACAACAAAAAAUAGUUAUUCUGUGAAUUUCAUAUAAACACAUUAUUGAAAAAAUGAUAUGAGUUAAUCUUGACUAG